AGGCAUAGCCCUAACGAGUAUUAAUCACCUUUGGUUGAUGUUUAGUCAUGCAACCCUUCAUGAUCCAGUUUGGAGUUUUCUUAGCAAAAAAUCCUGUUGUGAUUUGCCAUUUCCUUCUCUAGCUCAUUUUACAGAAAAGGAAACUAAGGUAGAUAGGGUUAAACGACUGCAGUUACAAAAGUAGUGUCUGAGGCUGGAUUUGAACUUGGGUCUUCCUUACUCCAGGUGUGGCUCUCUAUUCACUGCACCACUGUGAAGAUAGGAUUGACUCUUCCCUUGCCUACUUUUAAAUUUAAUCAACCAAAGGCAAAGAUACCCCUACUUAUCACUAAGUAGGGGAGGUUCACAAACCACUUACUAAAAGGAGAUACACCUCCAGAAGCAGCUGACUGCCCCCUUGGCAGUGCUAAGCAAAUUUAAAGACUGCAAUUGGUCCCCGUUAAGUGGAAGAAGGGACAGGAAGUGACAUAAAAAAGGACUACAAAAGAUGAUGAGCUUCCUGUCCAAGAGGUCUUUGUCCUAAAUCUUCAGCUUGAAGGACCUGGGACUGGUGACUUCAGGUGGUAUCCUCCCCAUCUUACCCGGGCAGUAGAAUAAAUUCCUUGAAACUCAUAGAAUCUUGUCUCUUGAGUGAAAAGGACAUCAGAGAACAUUUAAUCCAGCCUCAUCAUUUUACAGCUAAGUAAACUCUGCCCCUAGAGUUUAAUCCCAGGUAACAAGGAACAGAGGUAGAAUUCAAAUUCAAAUUCUCUUGGUUCCAAUUGCAGAGCUUGCCUCCCCGGACAAUUCCAUUUUCGUCUUAGAGUCCUUGGCAUCUACUCCAGCUCCUGGCAUAGAAUGAAUGUCCAAUAAAUGUUUGUUGAAUUGAAUUGGGUUGGAUUCAUAUGAAUGGAAUUGGACUGAAUAAAGUCCAUUAAAAUUGGACAGCCUGUAUGGACUUUUCUCCUCUGUGGCUCAUAUAAUCUUCCAUUUUGCCCAAUGUUUCAUAAAAGGAAAGCCUUCAUAGCGACCAUCACUAAGGGCUUUUGUUGUCGUCAUGGCAGGCUGCUUACAUUACUAGAGACUUCCCCACUAAAGGGAAGCUGCCACAGAAAGAUGGGGAGACUUUCCUCCUAACUGGCCAGCCUACCCCUAGAAAGCUGCCUCCUUGCUUCCCAAAUUACCGUGGAUCAAACAAGGUAUAUUUCCUGAAUUGAUUCCUGGUCUGGCUUUUAAAAUUUUUUCCUUUUCCUUCUGUUCCAGUUAUUAUUUUUUCUGUUUGAUUAUAGUCCUGAACUGUCAAAGAUUCAGAAUGAAAUAUGGCAGCUCUCACAAAGGAAAGCAGAUCUGUAUUUCUUUCCUCCCGUCUCUGAUAAUUCCUCUUUGAAACCUGACCCUCUGGGACACGGUUGUUCUUAAGACAAGAAUCUGUGAAAUAUCGUCGCUCCUUUGAUCCUUCUGUCUCUCGAGCUCUAGCUUUGCCCAGCCCUUCAGUUCAGCCUGCAGAUGAGCUAACCACCUCACGAUGUGUUCUUCAACCCCUGGCCGGAACAGCCCAUAUGCAACACAAGUAAUGAAGAUGAAGAAGGAGGAGCUGGCAGCAGGCAUUAAGGAUGCAGACCUUCUCCUCAAGAGGCUGGUGGACUAUGGGAUUUUCACGAGUGAACAAAAGUUGGCUUUAUCCCACUAUGAGACACAUCUUGAAAAAGUGAACAGGAUCUUGGACAUACUGAUUUCCCAAGGGGAGCAUGCUUGCCAGGUGUUUUUUUACCCAUGUCUGAAACAGCUGGAGCCCAACUUGUAUCAGAUCAUUAGGAAAUAUACCAUGGGCACAGAUGAGAUCAUGUACAGGACUCGGCAGCAGUCAGUGGGUCACUUUUUAGAUGGGAACAAAAAUGGCCUGGAAAAAUCUGCUGAGAAAAUUCAGAAAAAGCAUAAUACAAUGAUCCAGGCAGCUUCAGUCAAACCAAAGUUAGUUUCUUACUUGGCUGCUAAAACUAAAGGAUACCCAGCCUCCCAGACGCCUAGGAACAGUCCCACUAGUCCCAUCCAUGCCCUGAAUGCAUCAGGUAAGGGAGACGUGGAUGUGGAGAAUGGGCUAGAAAACAGGCAUGGCUGUAAAGUAAUGUCCCCAAGAGAAAACCCACUAGGUGCGGCAGUGGCUAAGAGCCUCGACGAAAUCCACAAUUAUUCGAUGAUCAAGAGUUUUAAGGCAGAAGGAAAGGAUGGCAAAGAGAAGUCUCUGUUACAAAGAGCUGCUGAAAGAGCCCGUGGGGAUGCUGAGAAAGUCCUCCAGGGAGGGAUGAGCGGCAAUAACUUGGAUUCCAGGGUUCCCAUGGGUUUUCAUGUGCAAGGUGGCAAGCACACCGUCAUGAGACUGAUGCUGGAAAGAAACCCUGGGAACCCUUAUUAUUUGCAGUAUCGGCCAGCUCUCCAAGCAGAGGACCAAGGGGUGCAGGUGUGCCUAGAGGAUGAUAAUCUCCUGAAUGCCAUGGACAAGGCAGACACAGCUUCAACCUUCCCUGGGACAAACAGUUUGGAAGAGGCCAUAAAAAUAUUAUUAACGACUGGGAUCAAUGCAGAUUCUGGCAUUCUCCACAAUGCUUUCCACCACGAUGACCAAGUGGUCAUUCAGCUGUUGCUAAAACAUUCCUCAAUCCUGCCCUCCGAAACCAAGGAGCAGGCUCUUUUCGAAGGCAUACGGAAGAAUCUUCCCAGAGUGGUGACGGCCUUGGUAGAUGUUGGCACCAACUUAAAUGCCCGGGACCAUAACCAGUACACACCCUUACUCUUGGCCGCCGAGAUGGACAGGGCUGCAUGUGCAAACGUGCUCAUUCGGAGAGGAGCCAACAUGGCGGCCAGGACGGCCCAUUUGGAUUCGGCUCUGCACCUGGCCGUCAAGGCAGGGGCCGUCUAUACCGUAGAGCUCCUAUUGGACAAUGGCAUGAGUCCCAACUUGGCAGGAUGGAAUGGCCAGACCUCGCUCCAUACGGCAGCCUGGUACAACAAACAUGAAAUGGUCAACAUUCUGAUCAACGCAGGCGCCAAUAUCAACGCACUGACCACGGAGCAGAACACCCCACUGCAUAUCACCAGCGAAAGGGGGCACGUGGACACGGCUAUUCAGCUGAUCCAGCAGGCAGCAGAUUUAAACAUGAAGAACAAGCUCUCGAUGACCCCUUUACACCUGGCUGCCCGGGCGGGUAACAUGACCAUGGUGGAGCUGCUACUCCACUCCGGAGCUGACCCCAAUGUUCCUGACCGAGAGAAGAAGACCGCCCUGCACUGGGCAGCGUCUGCCAGUUUUAUCAAAGUGGUGAAAUAUCUGCUCAAUUACAAGGCUAGGUCUGGCACGAGAGACAUGGAUGGCUAUUCUCCCCUGCACUAUGCAGCCCUCAAGGGCAACGUGGAGUUGGUGAAAAUCUUCCUCGAGGCCGGGAAAAACAAAAACAUCAACGAGAGAAACAUUUACCGAAAGACCCCGCUGCAUCUGGCGGUGGAACAGGGCCACACGGAAUUGAUCAAGAUGCUGAUAAAUAAUGGGGCUGCCGUGAAUGCCUUGGACAACAACCGAGACACCCCGUUACACUGUGCCUGCAAAACUGGGCACUGGGGUUCCGUCACUUCCCUGAUAAACUGUUCUCAGAGGGAAAAACCUGACUUGCAGGCCUCAAACAGCCUGGGAAAGACUCCUCUGCAGGUGGCAGAGGGCUCGGCGACACAGAGUCAAGAGCAGAUUGUGACCUUGUUGAGAAAAAAAAUGUUCUUAACAAGAUAGAUGCCUGAGAGAAAAGGAGGGGAAUUACUUUGUUCUUCUGGAGGCAUAUCUAUAAUUCUAAUAAAAAGGAUACUUCAAUA